AUGAAAGGCCCACAGCUGGAGAGCUGGGCAGCUACCCCUGUGCGCCGACCCAGUAAUGAUACUCAUACCCACUAUACGGAACGUCACAAAUGGUCGCCAGAGAAUCUGCUCCAAGAUCAAAGCGCCGGUCAGCGCGUCUACAGGGGUGAUGACCAGUACAGUAAAGCAUCCGUUGCAACAGAGCGCCAACCACUGAUGCUGAAUUCCCCUCCUUCAUCGCCGGCAUCAAAACAACCCCGCGUGGAUGAUUGCCGCCCAUUUGCAGAAAAGUAUGGCCGGAUGCUGGAGAUCUUGCAUUACGGUACCAACAGCACAAUCCGCCUUCAUCAGUUCAAGCCUCGAGGGCCACGCGAACAGCCACAGCUCUGUGCCGUCAAAGUGUAUCGCAACGACAUCCUCAGCUCACGAUCGAACCCCUUGCCUCAUGCCUCCGCCUGCUCAACAACCUUCAUCGCCGACCUACACCCUUACCACCCCAAUAUCCUUCCUAUCAUCGACCUUUUAUAUAACGACCGUGCAGAGCUUUGUCUGGUUACCCCCUUUUGUGCCGGUGGCGACCUGCAUGAACUGAUAUCACGCACCGGGGCCCUCCCGUCCAACGAGGCCGACUGCAUCCUAGUCCAGAUCCUUCGCGCCCUCGCAUUCCUCCAUGAACACCAGACAGCGCACCGCGAUGUACGCCUCGAGACCGUGCUCCUCACUGGAAAUGGCUGUGUGAAACUAGCAGGGUUCGGCGACGGCCACGUCUGCCGCAUCUGGGAAAAGUGCAUGAUAGCCUCCGACGAAGAGGAGGACUCGCCCCAGACCCCGGUUUCACCAGCUUCAGGGUCCUGGUCAUUGCCGUGGUUCCUCGCUCCCUUUUCUCGCGGAAAUGGCUCCAGACGUGGCAGCUCUGGCGAUACGUCGUCCACCUCUGCUACAUUCCCUGGAAUGAGCCUCCCAUUUAUCCCUCCAGAGGCAUUUCACCCGCGCCAAUACAAGGGCAAGGAUCCAUCUCACAGCGAAGAACAUAGUAAAGAUCCUCGACCGGCGGAUGUUUGGGCUGCCGCUGUUAUCUACCUGGUUCUUAUAAACGGGCGCCUGCCGUGGAGGAGUGCUCGGCCACAUCAUGAAGAUUCACGGUUUGAGGACUAUCUGGCUUGUCGCUGUUCUGAGGAUGGCUACCCGCUGAUUGAAGCUCUUGGCUGCGUAUGGUGCCGCUCAAUAUUAUGCUGUCGGAUGAUUUGCUAA